UUCACCAUGAGAGCAAAGGCCUAUAAAUUUGCAACAAGAUCACAAAGAAACACAAAAACCGCGGCGAGCCGUGAGACUUGGUCGAAGCCCUUGAGAUAAUAAUAAUAAUAAAAAAAAAAACCAGAACCCGAAUCCAUCGCGAAUUCAUCCCCAUUCCAAGGCCCUCCCCCCCUUUUCCGAAGAAGCUCCGGCGAGGAACCAAUGACCGAGCCGAGGAAGACCGGAUCCUCCACCUCUGAAGACCAAGGCCAGCCGAUGCUCUCCAUCCCCCGCCCUACCAUCUCCCUCGUCAAACCCCCUCGCCGUUCCUUCCGCUCCCGCCCUCUCCGCCUCUUCGGCGUCCUCCGCUCCGUCUUCCGCUCCCUCCCCAUCUUCACCCCCAAAUGCAAACCAACCUGCCACCUCACCCCCACCCAUCUCCGCCACACCGACGUCUCCCGCAACCUCUCCAGCUCUCGCGUCACCGGCACUCUCUUCGGCUAUCGCAAAGGCCGUGUCAGCCUCUCCAUCCAAGAAUCCCCUAGUUGUCUUCCAACUCUCAUCAUCGAACUCGCCAUGCAAACCCAAGUUCUCCUCCGAGACAUGAGCUCCGGCAUGGUACGCAUCGCAUUAGAGUGCGAGAAAAGACCCGGCAACCUCAAAGACCACCGCACAACAACACCGCCAAAGCUACUCAACGAGCCACUCUGGACCAUGUUCUCCAACGGCAAAAAGAACGGCUACGGCCUCCGGCGUGACCCCAACGAAGAAGACAUCUCCAUCAUGGAACUCCUCCGUGCUGUCUCCAUGGGCGUUGGUGUUCUCCCAACCAACUCCGAGUCUGAUGGUCCUGACUCCGAGAUUGCCUACGUGCGAGCCACCUUUGAGCACGCCAUUGGUUCUAGAGAUUCUGAGACCUUCUACAUGCUCAGCCAUGAAGGAAACAAUGGUCCUGAGCUCACCAUCUUCUUUGUUAGGAUUUGA